AUGGCUAUGCCCAGAACUCGCUCGGGGCGAUCCACCUCGCUCCAUGACUCGGACAGUAGACUCUAUGAGUCGGAGAAGAUUGACGCCCUCGAAUGGACAAAGAUCGAACGUGUUUCUAGGUCUGUUCCACUAGGUGUACUUCAAUUCUUGCUCGAAGCCGAACAGGUCAUAGUAGAGGGAUAUGGUGUUGUCCUCGUUAAUACUGAUGAGGCUGGUACCUUGUUCGUGACAAAUUUUCGUCUUCUUUUUUUGAGUGAAGGGUCCAGAAAUAUUAUCACGCUUGGCACAAUACCAUUGGCAACAAUUGAGAAGUUCAACAAAAUUGUCAUGAAACUUCCAUCUGCCCCCCGGCAAUCUGACAGGUCCCCAUCGCGACGACUUCUUCAGGUCACUGGCAAGGAUAUGCGAAUUAUUGUCUUUGGUUUUCGUCCUCGAACCAGGCAGAGGCGCGCUGUAUUUGAAGCCUUAUUGAGAUGCACAAGGCCAACAAGACUCUUGGAUCUCUAUGCUUUUGCUUCUGGUCCUUCAAGAUUUGGUAACACCAACCCUAGAGUGCGGUUAUUGAAUGAGUACUUUCGGCUUCUUGGAAUGGGAUCAUAUAAUGCUUCAAUCCGCCUUAUUGAAGAUGGGUCAUUCACAUUGUCUAAUGAGUUGUGGAGAAUUAGUGCCGUGAAUGCGAACUAUACCAUGUGCCCAACAUAUUCAUUUGCCUUGCUUAUUCCAAAAUGCAUCAGCGAUGAAGAGGUGCUGCAGGCUUGCACCUUUCGUGCACGGUGUAGGUUGCCUGUGAUUUCAUGGUGUCAUCCAGGGACUGGAGCUGUUCUUUCACGGUCAUCUCAACCACUAGUUGGUCUUAUGAUGAAUAUGAGGAGCAAUGCUGAUGAGAAGCUAGUUGCUGCCCUUUGCACUCAACUUGUUGGAGCAAAGGAGCCCCGGAGGAAGCUAUAUAUUGCUGAUGCAAGACCUAGAAAAAAUGCUUUGGCAAAUGGCGCAAUGGGAGGUGGAUCAGAGUCUUCUUCCAAUUAUUUUCAAUCUGAGAUAGUUUUCCUCGGGAUAGAUAAUAUACAUGCAAUGAGGGAUAGUCUUUCUCGGCUUAGGGACUAUUUAGAUACUCAUGGAACCACUUCAUCAGAUGGAAUGUCAUCAUUCUUGAGACAUGGUGGAUGGACUUGGGGCGGGGGCAAUCUCAGCAGUAUGUCUGCUUCAGUAUCGACCCUUGGAGACACUGGUUGGUUAAUACAUGUUCACAAUGUCUUGGCUGGUUCAGCUUGGAUUGCUGCGCGUGUUGCUUUGGAAUCAGCAUCAGUCCUUGUUCAUUGUAGUGAUGGAUGGGAUAGAACAACUCAAUUGGUCUCGCUUGCUAGCUUGUUACUUGAUCCAUAUUACCGGACAUUUGUGGGGUUUCAGACAUGUAUUUGUGAUGAUAUCAAUGUUAGAGGGCUAACGCCGUUCCCCUCUAUUGUGGGAUUUGAUAUCCUUGAACUUACAUGGAGAUCAGUUCGGGAAAAACAAACUUGUACGGAGAUGCCUGGGCGAUUUAAUUCUUUUGCUUUGAUGCAGGCACUUGCACUUGUGGAAAAAGAUUGGCUUGCAUUUGGUCAUCCUUUUUCAGAUCGCGUGGGAAUACCAACUGUAUCUGGAGGUAAUAACAUGCCUUCAGAAUUAUCUAGGCAGUCUUCGACUGGGAGUUUCCCAUCAUCGCCGAUGCGCCAAGCAUCAGGAUCAUUCCCACCUCAAGCUCCAAGUUCUUCACAUGCACAAAACAAUCACUCUCCUAUAUUUUUGCAGGUGAGUGUCAGAGUAAUGUGCACUAUUGGUGUGGCAUGA